CUACAAUUUACAAUCACAGUCACUCAGACUCAGUCACUCCUCUUUUCGACUUGAAUUGAAGGAACCAAUUCUCCUCUUAUUCUGGCUUUCUCUAUCUUCAACAUCCUCUUCCCCACAUCUCACUUUCAAGAAAUUGUUUUCUUAAUUGGUUGAAGCUCCAACAUGAGUAGAUUAAGGAGAUUCGAGAUUGUCGAACACCAACCCUCUCCCUCCUAUUUCCUCAAACAAACCUCCAUUUUCGACUCACCAAGAGCUCUCAGACUAAACAAAUGGUUCCCCAUUGUCGAACAGGAGCUCGACCUCCUCGCCUUUGCUCCCACUCCUCCACUCCUGCUCCACGAUUUCGAAGCCGUCGCCGAUCUGAUCCAGAUCCACCGCACCUCCCGCUUCCCCGACCCCUACCUGCAGACGCUCAGCGACCGCGUCUCCGCUCUGGAGCUCGGCCUCGACCGGUUGGCCAAGGAGGAGGAGAGGGAGAGGGAUAGCAAGUACUCGUGGACGGCGGAGAUAAAGAGCCCCGACGAUGGCCGGAAGUACAAGUGGACGGCCGAGAAGAAGGGGCUUGCGAGGAGUUACAAGGUGACGGCUGAGAUCAAGAAGAAGGGCGCGGUUGAGCAGACCUAUACGUUCAAGGUGUCCAGUGGGGACAGUCAAUCUGUGGUGGGGAAGACAGAGAAGAAGAAGAAGUGCGAGAAAGUGAAGGAGAAGGGCAAAAAAUCAGUUGUUUCCCGCAUCGUUGAGGUUGAAGAACCUUCUUAUCAUGGUGGCAUUGUACUGAGGCAGGCUUUUUCCAAGACAGUGGAUAAGAGAAGGGGGAAGAGGAAGGAGUUGUCUCCCCAAGAGGCAGCAACUCUUAUUCAGAAGAGUUUCAGGGCAUAUCUUAUCCAAAGGUCGCAGUCUCUACGCGCACUUCGUGAGCUGGCCAUUGCCAAGACAAAGUUGAAGGAGAUUAGGUCUUUGUUUAACAACUUCUCUUACCGCCGUCGUCUAGCGCGCAAUGCGGAAGAACUUCAGAGGUUCUCUGAAAAGAUCAUUGUUUUGCUUCUCACAGUUGACGCUAUUGAGGGUGGUGAUAUAAUGGUUCGAGCUGCAAAAAAGUCUAUGGUGGAUGAGCUGGAAGCAAUGCUUGAUGUUGUGGACCCUCAACCUUCUGGAAAAUCUUCAUCCAUGAAGAGAAGAACGUUCGAUAUGCCUGAUGGGGCAAUCAACAAGGAGCUUGCUGCAGGUGUCGCGCAGGUUGUUCGAAUGCUGGAUGAAGAGGCUGCUAGUUCUGAAGCUUUUGAAGCAUGCUUGUAAGUUGUAACUCCACUUUGAUGUGUUGAGAGUUGUGUUUUGGGCUGAAUGUAUGUUAGUUUUAUCCAGGCAAAAUGACACUAGCUUGAUAGGCCUUGGAUUUCCCUUUGGAAGAAAUGUUCUUGACUACCAAUGGUUGUAUGGUUUGAAUUUUAAUUAUGUUAUUUGUCUGCUUUCGGAUUC